CCGUUACCUUCUCCAGAGCCUUCCUCUCGCAACGCACACACAAAACCCUAGAGUAGGGAGCGAGGCAUGGAGCACCGCUCCCACCUCGCCGUCCUGCUCGGCCUCCUCGCCUUCGCCGCCGGGGUCCCAGCCGCAGCCGCCGCCGCCGAGGGAACGCAGCUGGCGGCGGGCACCACCACGGCGGAGGCGUCGUGCGAGCCCUCCGUCCUCGCCACCCAGGUCUCGCUCUUCUGCGCGCCCGACAUGCCCACCGCGCAGUGCUGCGAGCCAGUGGUGGCCUCCGUCGAUCUCGGCGGCGGCGUCCCCUGCCUCUGCCGCGUGGCGGCCGAGCCGCAGCUCAUCAUCUCCGGCCUCAACGCCACCCACCUCCUCACGCUGUACGCCGCCUGCGGAGGACUCCGCCAGGGAGGCCCUCGCCUCGCCGCCGCCUGUGAAGCUCCCGCGCCUUCGGCCUCCGUCAUCAAUGCCCCACCGCCCCCGGCCGCUCUUCGCCGCAAACCGCCGGCACGCGAGGCACCUCCCCCACCGUCGCCGACCGACAAGCUCCCCCCGCCGCCUCAGCAGCACGACGACUCCGACCACAACAAGCGCGACGACCCAAACCGGUGGAGCCCUCGACCCCCGUUGACCCCCCCGCCCCCGCCGCCCCCGCCCACCGGCCCGACCGCUGCCCCCUCACCACCAUGGUCCGGCGCCUCGCUCCAGGGGCCCCUCGCCGCCGCCACGACCGUCCUCGCCACCACCCUCCUCAUCGCUGCCGCCCAGUACUGAGGACGGGCCGGCGCCGGCCCCGGCCCCGGCAUCCGCGCCCCUCAGCGAUGAUUCAUUCGUAGUGUUUCUCGUUCUGUUCCUUUGCUUCGUUCUAUGGCUUGCCCACCUGCACGUGAAUUCGGAAGACGAUGAUUGAAGCUGUAGCACCUAGCACGUACCAGUUUGCCUAGAUCGAGUAGUAAGCUCUAGUACGUAGUAUGCCGAUGUCUCCUUGAUCACGUCGUCUCUCUAGAGCGUCCGCCGUUUUUGAUCGAUCACUGGCAUGGCCGAUGUGAGCCCAGCAUGAAAUGUGGUCGAGGAGAACAUUGUUGCUAAGUUCUUCUUACUUUCGAUCUCCAGUCGCUGAACAAGUAUAUUAUCUGAAUUCUGCAAUGAAGUGAAUGGAUGCAGUGUGGGUUUCAGAUUUCUU